GGCCUCGCCGCCCUGGGCAGCUCCGUGCUGGAUGAUGCCCUGGACAGCAGCACGUACUGGGGUGGGGAGAUCUCCAGCAGGAGGAGAAGAGGUACAGGGGACACAGAGUCCAGUAAGAUCAACGGGCUGCUGGAGAGCAAGAUGUACGACACCUAUGCCUCUUCAUCUGGGUACUCCUCUGAAGACGACUAUGCUGGCCACUUCAACUCAGGCCAGAGUAGCUCUGGGUCAGGGCUGAGGAAUGCAGCCUCGCGGGUGGGCUCCUUCCUCUGGCAGGUGCUCACCUCCCCAGUCUGGUUCAUGGGGUGGAUGUUUUCGGGGCUGGCAACUGCCUGGCACCACCUUGCUGGCACGGCUUCCCGUCUGGGCAGUGUCCCCUUUUCCAGGCGCUAUCCACGUCUGAAGAGGUCCCUGCUCCUGCUGCUGCUCCUCCUGCUCCUCGGUGCUACUGCCUAUGGAGGUUGGUACUUCUACCCAUAUGGGCUGUCAACACUCAGUCUCCCUGCGUUCCCGUGGUGGGGAGCUGGAAAGCUUUCUUCCUCUGAUGUGCCUGGGGCAGGGGACCUGACCACACUGGACCAGGGGCUGCAGGGGGAACACCAGCUCCUGGCUCGCUUCCAGGCCCUGGAGAAGCGCUUCAAGAUGCUGGAGACUGAGGUGUCACAGUGGGAGCUGCGGCGAGGGGCUGCAGCAGUGGCGGCGGGGGGAGAGCCACCCCCGGGGGAUGUCCUGGCGCUGCUGGAGGGGCUGGUGAGCCGCCGGGAUGCGGGGCUGAAGGAGCAUCUCCAUGCUGAUGUCACCAGCCACCUUCAGGGCGAGCUGGAUGCCCUCCGAGCCCAGGUGCAGAGGGAUUUAGAUGGGCGCCUGGGGAAAAUGGCACAAGCCUCUCAGGAGAUGGAGGCACGCUUGCUGAAGCUGAACUCGGAGUGGCAGAGCUCUGUGCAGGACGGCCUGCGAGGGAGCUUCCAGCAGGAGGUGGGCAAGCUGGAGCAGGAGGUGUCAGCGCUGAGGAGGGAGCUGGCCAGCCUCAAGUCGGACCAGGAGGUGAUGGGGAAGCAGGUGGAAGGGAUGCUGAAGCAGCUGAAGGCUGUGCGGGCUGAUGUGGAAGCACAGUUCCCAGCAUGGGUCAGCCGGUUCCUGUCGCAGCCCCAGCGGGAUGGUGCUGCCAGCCUUGUCCUCCAGCGGGAAGACUUGCAAGCAGAGCUCCAGGCCCUGGAGCACAAGAUCCUGGCCAAAGUCCUGGAGGACAGGAGGCUGUCGGCGCGAGAUGCUCAGGCUGGCAUCGGAGUGGCCCUACAGCAAGGGGGAGCUGCAGGGGUGACAGAGGAGCAAGUGCAUCUCAUCGUGGAUCAAGCCCUGAAGCGCUAUAGUGAGGACCGUGUGGGGAUGGUCGACUACGCCCUGGAGUCAGCAGGGGCCAGUGUCAUCAACACACGCUGCUCGGAGACCUAUGAGACACGGACAGCGCUGCUGAGCUUGUUCGGCAUCCCCUUGUGGUACCAGUCACAGUCCCCCCGUGUCAUCCUGCAGCCAGACGUCAACCCCGGGAACUGCUGGGCAUUUCGUGGGUCCCAGGGCUUUGCCGUCAUCCGCCUCUCCAGCAUCAUCCGCCCCGUGGCUGUGACACUGGAGCACAUCCCAAAAGCCCUCUCACCCCAGGGAACCAUCCCCAGUGCCCCCAAGGACUUUGCUGUCUAUGGCUUGAAGGAGGAGGGAGAGGAGGAGGGCCUUCUCCUGGGGCAGUUCAUCUACAACCAAGAUGGUGACCCCAUCCAAACGUUUUACUUGGAGGGUGAUGCUGUGGGCACGUACCAGCUGGUGGAGCUGCGGGUGCUGAGCAAUUGGGGCCACCCCGAAUACACCUGUAUCUACCGCUUCCGCGUUCACGGGGAGCCAGCGCACUGA